GAACGCGCUCACCGCAGGUGACAAAAGCACCUGAUGCUUUGCGCUAAUCUUGCCACCUGCCACUGAACACACAAACGUGCGCGCGCACGCACGCACGCGCACACACACACACACACACAGGCAGCAUGGCGUCCAAGCCGCGCGUGCUGAGCGAGCAGGAGGAGCUACAAAGGAGAGCCAAUCAGGUCACAGAGGAGUCGCUGGAGAGCACACGCAGGAUGAUGCAGCUGGUGGAGGAGAGCAAAGACGCCGGCAUCCGAGCGUUGGUCAUGUUGGACGAGCAAGGAGAGCAGCUGGAGCGCGUUGAAGAAGGUUUGGAUCAAAUCAACGCGGACAUGAAGGAAGCCGAGAAAAACCUGACCGACUUGGCAAAGUGCUGCGGCCUCUGCGCUUGUGACAAACCGAAGGCCUUGGAAGAAAGCGGGGCCUACAAGGCGGUUUGGGGCGGCGGCUCCGGACACGACGGGGUGAUGUCCGAUCAGCCGGCGUCGUCUCGAGUGGCGGACGAGCGCGAGCAGAUGAUUAUGAGCGGCGGAUACAUUCGCAGGGUGACGCGGGACGCCCGCGAGGACGAGAUGAACGACAACCUGGCGCACGUGGGCAGCAUCGUGGGCAACCUGAGAUGCAUGGCGCUCGACAUGGGCAACGAGAUCGACACACAGAACGUACAGAUCGAACGCGUUCGAGGGAAGGCCAUUCUGAACGUGGCGCGCAUCGGGACCGCCAAGCAGAAAGCUAACAACCUCAUCAAAAAAUAGAAGAGGCGCUCAUCGUCCCAGCGGGCGCGCGGGCCACGGUUGGCCUUCGACCUUGGCGCUUAGCUCGCCGCUUCGUUCCACCGGCGCCAGCGGCAACGUUCCUUCCCCAAAAGUGUCGAAUAAAAGCCAGAAACUCACCAAGACUUCGUGUGUGUGAAUUCAGCCAAUUGUC